UCCAGUGCACGUCUGGUUAUUGUAUCACUGCGCAGUGGAGGUGUGAUUCGGUCGAGGAUUGCCUGGACGGUUCGGACGAGAGGGGCUGUAACGAUAAUGUCCCCAAAACUAUACAACCAUUAAUCAAAGUACCAACAACUCCGGAACCUACCACUGUUACAAUAGGGAAGUCAGGCCAGUCGACUGUGACGUUAACGUCAACAUCUCCGGAACAAACCACCGUUACACCAACAAAGUCAGACCAGUCAACUGUGACGUCAACGAUGACGUCAACAACUGAUGGGGCCAUGUCAUCCUCACGUGGUUGUAUUGAUUAUAACUCGACAUGUGACACUCUUGUGGCCUCCAUAGACAUUUGUAAUGAUACAGAAUCUGCGUACAAGUUUUGUCGGAAGACAUGUGGAAUGUGCAGAGAAAUAUCCACUGAAGCGAUGACGUCAUCGACAUAUCCGUUUAAUCCGGUAGAUACCUGUAGAGGAUUUCAGUGCGGUACCGGCCAUUGUCUCCCGCUGACAUUCCACUGUGACGGACAAGUGGACUGUUCGGACGGCAGCGACGAGGACACGUGUGAUCACAACGGCUGUAAGCAGGAUGAGUUUCAAUGUGGUACAGGGUCAUGUAUUCCUACGCAGUGGCGGUGUGAUUCGGUUGAGGACUGUAUCGACGGAAGUGACGAAAAAGCAUGCACAUCAAAUAUCAAAACAAUACAACCUUUGAUUGACGUUAAAACCACAGAAACAACAACAACGAGUUCUACAAUAUCGACGACACCAUUACCAGUGAUGACGUCAUUAUCUACUGUUGAAAUGACGUCACCGAGUGGAUGCCUUGAUUUGAAUUCCACAUGUGAUACACUGAUGUCAUCCAUAGACAUUUGUAAUGAUACAGAAUCUGCUCUAACAAUGUGUCAAAAAAGUUGUGGCUUGUGUGGCGUUACUUCUACAGAUAUAAAUAUGUCCCUGCCUCAUAGUACAAAAGGUAAAUAACCCUGUAUCAUAGUACAAAAUGUAAAUAACCCUGUAUCAUAGUACAAAAGGUAAAUAACCCUGUAUCAUAGUACAAAAGGUAAAUAACCCUGUAUCAUAGUACAAAAGGUAAAUAACCCUGUAUCAUAGUACAAAAGGUCAAUAACCCUGUAUCAUAGUACAAAAGGUCAAUAACCCUGUAUCAUAGUACAAAAGGUCAAUAACCCUGUAUCAUAGUACAAAAGGUCAAUAACCCUGUAUCAUAGUACAAAAGGUCAAUAACCCUGUAUCAUAGAAGGUAAAUAACCCUGUAUCAUAGUACAAAAGGUAAAUAACCCUGUAUCAUAGAAGGUAAAUAACCCUGUAUCAUAGUACAAAAGGUAAAUAACCCUGUAUCAUAGUACAAAAGGUAAAUAACCCUGUAUCAUAGUACAAAAGGUAAAUAACCCUGUAUCAUAGUACAAAAGGUAAAUAACCCUGUAUCAUAGUACAAAAUGUAAAUAACCCUGUAUCAUAGUACAAAAGGUAAAUAACCCUGUAUCAUAGAAGGUAAAUAACCCUGUAUCAUAGUACAAAAGGUAAAUAACCCUGUAUCAUAGAAGGUAAAUAACCCUGUAUCAUAGUACAAAAGGUAAAUAACCCUGUAUCAUAGUACAAAAGGUAAAUAACCCUGU